GAAUCAUUUAUUUAAAGUAUAUAAAUAGGGAGCAUUUUAUGGAGCACUUUAUAAAAUGUUCAAAAAUGGCGUUGCCAAACAUAGAAAAAUGAUUGCUACAUCCCUCCAUAAUUACGCUAUUAGCUACCUCGGGGAAAAUUGUACCGCCAUGAAAAUCCAAAAAUGAACUCCAAUUUAUCAACCUUCCUAAAGCCCGCAAUCGCAUUCACGGUCACCGUCAGCUUCACCGUUCUCUUCAUCGUGUUCCCUCGCCCGCCGGCCACAGCAUAUCCCGGCGAAGCCGACCCGAUGGCCCGAAGCUCCUCCUCCUCCUUCAUCCUGUGGCUCCACGGGUUGGGCGAUUCGGGACCCGCCAACGAACCCAUCAGGAAUCUCUUCACUUCUCCGGAGUUCAAAAACACCAAGUGGUCGUUUCCUUCCGCGCCUAAUAACUCCGUCACCUGUAACCACGGUGCUGUGAUGCCAUCAUGGUUUGACAUCCACGAAAUACCCGUGUCUGCUAGCUCCCCAAAGGAUGAAGGGAGUUUGCUCAAAGCAGUUCAGAAAGUUCAUGCUAUGAUUGACAACGAGGUCACUCAUGGUACAAAUCCCAAGGACAUAUUUGUUUGUGGAUUUAGCCAAGGAGGUGCUUUGACCUUAGCAAGUGUUCUUUUAUACCCAAAAACUCUAGGGGGAGGUGCUGUGUUUAGUGGAUGGGUUCCUUUCAAUGAUUCUGCAUUGGAGAAUAUAACACCUGAGGCAAAAAGGCCCGUUUCUAGGUUAACUUCCGGUCAUUAGGGCCAAAUUCGAAUAUUAUAUAUUUUAAAAUUUUCAAUUUGACCCCAUUUCUUCUUUUCUUUUCUUCCACGCCCUGCCGCCGCCGCCCGCCGGUCAAAGUCGCCGGAAAAUGAACUUUUUCCGAUUCCGGCGGGACCAAUGUCAUUCUCUUCGUCUUGAGACGAGGAUCAAUAAUAUCCAAACCAUUUUGUCUAAUUUGGCCUGUAACUUCUCGAAUCUGAAUUUUUCUACUCGAAAAAACCCUAAAAUUCGAAAUUGGAUCCAAAAUUGGGGGUUUUGCAAAUCUUCAUCAAAUCUUGCAAUUGAGGGGUCCUUGGAGGCUUAUCCUGGCCUUGGCCAUUCAAUAACCCAGGUGGAGUUACACUAUUUGGAAUCCUGGAUCAAGGCUCGUCUCCAAACCUCUUCUUAAAGGAAGUCUUCUAUAAAGUUAAGCACAAUGAGAGUUUCAAAGAAGGCAUGCUAUGGAUUUGACAAAAAUACCCUUUUACCCGACGGCGUUUGAGUCGUCUCCUUUCUUCCAUCUAAGGCUAGUUCCGCCAUUUCCUCAACCUUUCCCUUCUGCCCGUAUGCUGUCUGCUCUUUGGUUUCAUAUAUCAUACACUUCACAUGGACUGAUUUUUCAUUUCAUUCUUUCACAUGUAUUCUAUAUUCUUUUCUCAAUAUACAGUGAACUGAAUAUUCAGUUCAUAAUGAACAUAUGGAUAAUGGGUUUAUGUGAAAUUCUGAAGUGAAAUGUAAAAAUGCUUUUGAGAUUGGGGAAUAUUUAUUUUCUCAGCCUAAACCUUUUCUUUCUGCUUUAGAAUAUUUCAUUUUCACAGCUUUGAAAAAAAACUUGGAUUAUGCU